AUGGGGAAGGACUUUCACCUUUACGAGAAUGUCUCGAACAUCAGUCCCUUCGAAGGCCCUCAGUAUCACCUGGCCCCCCGCUGGGCCUUCCACCUGCAGACCAUCUUCAUGGGCUUUGUCUUCUUUGCAGGGACGCCUCUCAACGUACUCGUGCUCUUCGUCACGCUGAAGCACAAGAAGCUGAGGGUUCCUCUGAACUACAUCCUGGUGAACGUGUCGUUCGCCGGCUUCAUCUUCACCACCUUCUCCGUCAGCCAGGUGUUCGUCUGCAGCGCCAGGGGCUAUUACUUCCUGGGACUCACCAUGUGCAAGCUGGAGGCUUGCAUGGGCGCCAUCGCAG